AUGCUCGAGAAAACCUGGAACAAAGAUCAGAGAAGCGUGCUCUCGUUGAGUGUCUUCCUUGCUUACAGCAGACUCGGAGGACGUGUCCGAAAGUAUCAGCUAUCACGCAGACCUUUAGACGAUUCGGAGGACUACGUCGACGUCGACGGAACAUUGCCGUUCGGACGCAAAUCAUAUGGACUCCUUCGGCUUCGCGAACGAGGAGACGACGCUCUUCGCCUUGUCAGCAGCAUCAUUGAGCUGGUUACCAUAUUUUCCGGCGUGCAACUUGAUUCUCGGCUGAGGGACGCGCGAGCGUCGGGGCUAUAUCAGUGCUUACACCAUCUUCUAAUAGAUAUUAAUGUCACGGCGUUCGUGCUGUCGCUAUCUUGGUUGACCAAUGUCACAGCAGGCCAUACAAAGAAAGUCACGUCCAACGCCAUAACGUUGAUUGGCUAUUGCGUAGGCAACUCCGCAGGGCCAUUCACAUGGCAAGAACAAUACGAGCUCCGACGUCGAGAUAUGGAGGAACGUGACACGAUUUACGACGACGUUUCCAUCGAAGUUCUCCUACCGGACGGCACGCACGUAGAGAAGAAGGUAGAAAAGGUACGCGUCCAUUUGACAAUGCACAAUCUUAUUCGCAUGCGAGGGCGUCCUUAA